UAGCUCGUGACGGGCCCUUUAAGGGCCCGACCCUUUGCCGCCGCGCACGUGAGCGGCACCAGGAAGCCGGCUGGGGGCAGCCUUCCCUGACGCUCGCCCGCACCGGCUGCACGCGUCCAUCCCGGGCCUCUGAGCGUAGGGAAACUGAGUCUCGAAAGGGUGCAGUCUGCCGGAGGUCAGCGGAAACGGCAGUUUCUGGGCGCCAGGUGUGGCUGGAGCCCUCCAGGAAGAGGGGCGUGACCACGGCUCUAGUGAAGAGCCCUGACAUGGUAAAGCUAGGUGUGGCUUCAGAUUUCCCCAAGGGGCUUGAGAAUGGGACGAGGAUGCUUUAGAGGCCCCGGUGGGCUUUCCCUCAAGAGGGUAGUCAGGGCACGAUGCUCGGCUCAGUGGUUAUUCCUGGGCAGGGGUGACUGUUCUUUCAUCUCCCAGCACUGGAGCGCUUGGCCCCUGCCGCACUGGAUGCCAGGAGUUACUAAAAGUGAGCCUGGCAUUUCAGUUGCCUUGGGGUGCAGUGUGGGGGGUCCAGAGCCAUGUCGGACCUGCUACUACUGGGCCUGAUUGGGGGCCUGACUCUCUUACUGCUGCUGACGCUGCUGGCCUUUGCCGGGUACUCAGGUCUGCUGGCUGGGGUGGCAGUGAGUGCUGGCUCACCCCCCAUCCUCAACAUCACUGUGGCCUACAAGUUCCACAUGGGGCCCUAUGGUGAGACUGGGCGGCUUUUCACCGAGAGCUGCAGCAUCUCCCCCAAGCUUCGCUCCAUCGCUGUCUACUAUGACAACCCCCACAUGGUGCCUCCUGAUAAGUGCCGUUGUGCUGUGGGCAGCAUCCUGAGUGAAGGUGAGGAAUCACCCUCCCCUGAGCUCAUCGAUCUCUACCAGAAAUUUGGUUUCAAGGUGUUCUCCUUUCCGGCACCCAGCCAUGUGGUGACAGCCACCUUCCCCUACACUACCAUCCUGUCCAUCUGGCUGGCUACCCGCCGUGUCCAUCCUGCCUUGGACACCUACAUCAAGGAGCGGAAGCUGUGUGCCCAUCCUCGGCUGGAGAUCUACCAGCAAGACCAGAUCCAUUUCAUGUGCCCACUGGCACGGCAGGGAGAUUUCUAUGUGCCUGAGGUGAAGGAGACAGAGCGGAAAUGGCGGGGGCUUGCAGAAGCUGUUGAUGCCCAGGUGGAUGGCACAGGAGCUGACACGAUGAGUGACACGAGUUCCGUGAGCUUGGAGGUGAGCCCUGGCAGCCGGGAGACUUCAGUUGCCACACUGUCACCGGGGGCGAGCAGCCGUGGCUGGGAUGAUGGUGACACCCGCAGCGAGCACAGUUACAGCGAGUCAGGCGCCAGCGGCUCUUCUUUUGAGGAGCUGGACCUGGAGGGCGAGGGGCGUUUAGGGGAGCCACAGCUGGACCCUGAGACUGAACCCCUGGGGAUUACCAAGUGGCCCUGGGAGCCCAGUACCCCUGAGAAGGGCAAGGAGUAAUCUGUGGCCUGCACCCUCCUGCAGUGCCAUUGCUGAGGAACUGAGGAGACUCUCCAGCAGACUCUCUAGCCCUCUUCCUCCUUCUCCUGGGGGAGGAGGGGUUCCUGAGGGACCUGACUUUCCCUGCACCAGUCCUCUUGCUAAGCCUUCUCCUCACUGCCCUUUUGGCUCCCAGGGCCAAAGAAGCCAGGGACUGUUUUCUGCACCAGCCCCCAGGGCUGCCACCCCUGUUGUGUCUUUUUUUGACUCAUAUUGGAGCUUCCAGGACCCAGAAUAAAGUCAAUGAUUUACUUGUUUCACUUG